AUGAACCGGUAUAUUCUUUCAUUAUCAGAUGACAAACAGUUGGUCCCCGGGCUCAUUUCUCUAAUAGAACAGGGAACUGAUGUUCUGCGUGUGAAGGCCCUUUUGUUUGUUGCUCUGCUUUGCAAGAAUAGUCGAAGGUGGCUUCCUCAUUUCUUUUGCAAUGCAAAAUUAAUAUCAGCUGUUGAUAGACUGGGAAAGGAGAAGGAGGGUUUUAUUCAUCAUUGUACAGAAGCAUUUGUGCAGUUGGUUGCUUCCUUGGUCCCUGGUAUUCUUGACACUGUCUCCAGCGAUAUACAGCAGGUUAUGAUUGGCAAACGCCAUGGACCUGUUACUGCUUUAGCUGGGCGAGCUCAUCCAAAGAGCACAAUUCAUCUGUUCCCUGUUAUUCUUCAUCUUCUGGGAAGUGCAUCCUUCAAGCAUAGAGUUGUGACAGGCCAUGUAUUGCUUCAGUUGGCAAAUCUUAUUAAGAUUUUGGAGGCACCAUUUCAGGUGCUAUUUAAGAACCUUACUGUUGACAUAAAGGAUGUGAAACCAACGUCCCUGCUCAAAGAUCAUCUGCGUGAAGUCGAGGGAAAUCCAGAUUUUUCAAAUAAAGAUGUUACUGCAUCUCAAACCCCUGUGGUUGCAGAAGUCCCUUCAGGGACCAUCCCUUCACUAACUCAUAUGGAACAACAACCUGAGAUCAAUAUCACAUCCCGAGCUAUGAGCCUUCCAAAUAUACUUAAUCAGUAUGCUGCUCCUGUCCGUCUACCUACAAACAGCACGGUAGAAGAUGACAAAGUUGCUCUGAUGAUGCCUGAGCAAGUGCCCUCGUUGACCCAGGUUUCGCCAGCACAAACACAAUCAACAUCACCAUCUCCAUUUUCUGUUAACCAGCUUAUGGCGGCUAUUCCAUGUGAAGAGAUACGUUUCAAAAUAAAUCCAAAGCUCGGCUCCCUUGGUCCACAACUGCAAUAUAGCAAAAUUAUGGAUUUGGCUUUGGAUAAGGCUAAUAGGGAGAUAAUACAUAGGCAAGGAUCAUCAAGUUUGACGUCGGCAACGUGGUCAUGGUGACUGGCCGGAGGAACA